AUGGACUUUAACGAGACGUGCGUGCUCAUUGUUUUGGCUGUGUGCUGCUUCGUGGCAAACGUCCUCCACGGGCUCACCGGCUGUGGCAGCAUUCUCGUGCUGCACGCGCUGUGGCAGACCGCCGUCACCUUCGCACCGGAGGUCCUCCACGGCACCGACGCCUUCGGCGACGAGAACGUGAAGAGCAUCGCCGAAUUUUCCUACGUGUUGACCUUCUUCAUCCAGUUCGUCCUCACCGGUCUGCUCUUCUUCGGCGAGCGGCGCAGGCGGGUGCAGCAGCUGGCGCAGGGUGUGCCCCCGGCGCCGUCGGAGCUGAACGGUGUGCUGCUUCUCGCCUUCAUCCCGUGCUCCUUUCUAGGGGCGGCGGUGGGCGUCUACACGAUGCCGGCGGUGCACGAGAACGGCUCUCGCAUCAUCCUCGGUGGCUCCUCCCUCUUCUUCGCGCUCACCUUCCUCUCCCUCUACCAGAUGAAGUACCUGGAGAAGAAGAAGACAGAGGACGUAAUCCGGGACGAUCUGAUGCUCAUGCGCAUGCAAAGUGAGGUGCAGCGCCAUGUGAUACUGCAGUACAUGGAGGAUCAGAGGCGUCGGAAGCAGCGCAAGGAGCGCCGCCGCCGCAACCGCGCGCUGCGACAGCAGGCGAAGAAGGCGAAGAAAAUACGCCGACAUGAGCAGCUCAUGAAAGCGCUGAUGGCCAAUAAUAGUAACACUAAUAAUGCUAAUAGUAAUGUCAGCAAGACCGCCGCCGCCGCCUCUGGCAACGGUGGGGAUGCCUCCCAAAUGGUGAUGGUGCCGCUCAUUGAAGGAAACGAGGGCGACAUGAUGUCGGUGCCCGAGUUGGAAGGCGCACCGCUCGAGCCGAAUCUGGGGCUCCGCAGUCCCAACAAUGCGGCCAAUCAACGCAGCGGCUCCGCCUCGGACACACACACCAGCAGGCGCACGAGUCGCCCACUCGAAGUGCACGGCGCGUCUCCGGUUCUGCCGCCACAUGCGUACCUAGUCAGCGACGUCCAUCUGCCGAAGUCGGUGACAGGCGGAGACGAGACCAUUUCCGCUGGCUUUCCCAUGUCAACAGGGCGCCACCGCCGCCGCCACCACCUCCACCGCUUUUGGAUUGAGGAAAUGGACGUGCAGACGUACACCCGUCAGCGUCUGUCCGAGAUAAGCCGGAAUGUCGACUCUUCAUGCAAAGAGCUCGCCCGUGAGGCGCAGCUGGCGGCGUGGACGCUGCGUGCCAUGGAAGGCCACGAGGGAGGUGGAGAUAUCAUGUCCCCCUACCGGUCUUCCCCUGGGGGGAGCAGACCGAGCAGCGGCUCGCACAGCAGGUCCUCGAGCAGCAGCAGCAGCUCGACCGGCGACAACAGCGACACGGAAGGCGACAGCAGCACCGUUACCUCGACAACUUCGAGCGCGACCCAGUACACUUCUUCGAGAGCAGAGCGGAAGCGGUCGCGUUUGGGGGCGGAGAGCGAGCCUGCAGACGCAGCCGACCCGCGGACCCGUGCCGUUCGCUUCGACCACAAUAGCGAGGCGGCGGCGGCAAAGGAAAAGGCGGCGCUGCACAAAGGGUGGAGGGCGCUUCUCGGCAAAGGGAGCGACAAGGACGGCGACGAGAGCAUCGACCUCACCAAGUCCAUCGCGAUGGCCGCCGCAACGGCACCGCGUCGCGUUGUGAUGGGGCACACGGAGGUAUUGAACAUCGGCCUGCGGGAGGCGCAGCAGCAGCAACUGAAGUCGCUGCAGGAGCUCAACGCGCACGAGUACGCCCGCGACCAUCAUCACCACCGCCUCGUGCAUUUCAUGCGCAUGGAUGGUGGCGUGGUGAUGUCUGCCAUGAUCUCGUCUUUCUUCUCGGGUUUGCUGGGCAGCUACACCGGUGUGGCGGACCCGCCGCUGAUGAUCUUUGCGCUCGCUAUGGAUAUCAGUGUGCCGGAGCUGCGAAUCAACUACGCGGUGUCGAGUAUUGUGCCGGCAACCCUGCGCGCCGUCGUCGGCAUUGCGGAUGGCUUCGCGUACAAGAGCUUAUUUGUGUACUACUUCGUCUCAGUGGUCUUCGCCUGGGGCGGUGUGGCCUUCGGCCUUCACAUUAGCCGUCACAACGCGGUCACACACGCCACCUUCAUGAUUUCCACCCUCGCCACCCUUCUCCUCGUAGCUUUCCUGAUGCUGGUGCCCAUCAAGGAAGCUUUCAUCCGCUUUCUGGCGACAGCCGCGUGCUGCGCCAUUGUCGCGGUCGCCAUCUUCCGCCAGCAGAAGCAGCCAGAGCACCACCGCCCACCGGCACCACCGAAUACGCCGGCCACUGCCGCAGAGGUGGAGGCGUUCCAGUUGUACUGGCGGCAGCACAGCCGCCGCCAGGAGGCCAUCGACGCCUACGAAAAGGAAGGCAGCGUCCUCUCCAUGAACUCAAACACCUCGGCUUUUCUGGGGGAUAGUGAGCGGAGUGGGGACUCCGUACGGUCCGCGAGUGUUUCGGCGAGUGUGUCCCCCACACCCAAAGCGCACCCGCUGCCGCCCCCGCCGCAGCAGCAACGAGACCGGAAGUACUUACUAGCGAGACGCAGUGCGCUGCAGUCGGAGGGCCUCCCCGUGCGUUCGCGCGAGGACGAAGCAGAGGAGUUGAUUAUAAUCGUACCCGUCAAAGCUGCUUCCAACAAGUGA